CAUAUAUCCAACCAGUGGCCAUGGCAUACGAUGGAAGCGAAUAGUCUCAGAAUCCAGUCUCUAGUACCUACAUGCAGAGUUAAUCUCUAUAUUUUUGUAAACGUACAUGUUUGCAGCGAUACAUUUUUGAUAGACGAGAUGGUCAUUAACUGGGAACGAGAGCUCAAUCUCUGUUGGAAGUCGCAUCAUCAGUCAGAAAAUCCACAGAUAAGCCACAUAUUUAGAAGAUGA